GAUACUAUCUAUUCUACCAAUUCGGUUUCAUUCUCUGAAUUCAAUACUGGUGAGAUUUCCGUACAUCAUCAAUCAAUACCUACUUCAUACCACAUCAGUCUACGGCCCUUCCAAAAACCCUACCCCCUACACCGUCCCACCCCCCCAUUUCUGCAUUCUUAUUAUCCCAACUUGUUGGUACAUGCUACUGCACCCCGCUGGGAACGAUACAGGAUACAAGUUACUAUACAAAAAUAAGGAUCUGCGAAACAAGAACAACCCAAUUUCUUCGGUUGGAUAUACGGGCAUUCCGGAUACCUGUCUGCAUCUUACAAGUGACAAUCCACCUACAGCACCGCCUCCGAAACGCCAAAACUGUCAAAUCGCCCUUUAUCUCCCAAGCUUCUCCGCUUUAGGUCAUCUCAUCUGACCGCUAUCUCCGAAUCUCGCCCUACAGAUCCCCUCCCAUCUCUGAACCUUACUUGGAAGUUGGGGGUUACACAUCAACCGUCCAAAGACGCAGGUGCACAACAUCUCCCAUCUCGUGUGACCCUAUUAUCGCUGCGUCGAAUCACCGCAGAUAUUGUCAAUCAUCAUUCAUUCAUCCAUUCAUUCAUUCAUUCAUCAUUCAACUCUCAGCCCCAGGGUCUCCCACAUCACAACAUAUCGCAUCGCAUUAGCUACAUUCCAGUUACAUAUCUUUUUCGUUUAGGUCAUCUGAAAUUGUCUCGUCUUAUCAUUCGAGAUUUGUGAAUUUGAUCGGCCGACAUAUGUCUCGUCCUUCCAUGCUGUUACUAAGACUUUAACUCACAACUUUCCUUUUCUGGACCUUUGAUAUCAAGCGCGUCUCGUACUAUACCUCAUACCGACUUACAUACAUAUUGUACGACCAGGGAUUCUUUGACACGCUUGAUGCAACCGACUGCCCUGCACUACUGCAAAGCAGUAUUACGCUACCUGCUAUUCACACCCACGCUCACACGCGCAUUUGAAAUCUUCCUAUUGCCAUUCCCCUUGUUUUGCCCACAUACGAGCUUGUCUAAGAUUGUCUUGGUUGAGAGAUUUACAGAUUUUGAUGCCCACUGAAUCUGCAGACUAAUCAAGCAAAACCAAGCCGAGAUACGCCGCCCCCGCCGUACGCACACGCGUUAUCCACAAUAACAAUAAUGAGCCUGACAUCUAACCCACCGUCAUCCGGCGGCCCAUCCUCGAUCUCCGCAUCUAGAACUCAAAUAAAAAGAUCUGUUCAAGCUGUUUUUGAAGGUACAGCUGAAAGAUCAGCCAAUCCUAACUUGGGAUACCAAAGUAAAGUUCGAGUUAUUGAUCGAUACAAAGUCAUUGGUUUCAUUAGUUCUGGUACAUAUGGACGAGUUUAUAAAGCAGUUGGGCGAGAUGGACGACCUGGGGAAUUUGCCAUAAAGAAAUUUAAACCAGAUAAGGAAGGGGAACAAAUCCAAUAUACGGGUAUUUCACAAUCAGCGGUUCGAGAGAUGGCACUGUGUUCAGAAUUGAGUCACAUGAACGUCAUCCGACUCAUUGAGAUCAUUCUUGAAGACAAGUGUAUCUUCAUGGUGUUUGAAUAUGCCGAACAUGACCUUCUUCAGAUUAUCCAUCAUCAUACUCAACCUACUCGCCAUCCCAUUCCUGCCCCAACAGUUAAAUCCAUUAUGUUCCAACUUCUCAAUGGCUGCCAGUAUCUUCAUGCGAACUGGGUACUUCAUCGUGAUCUCAAGCCCGCCAAUAUCAUGGUAUCCUCGGCAGGGGAAGUGAAGAUUGGCGAUUUGGGACUUGCUCGACUUUUCAACAAGCCAUUGCAUUCUCUUUUCUCUGGUGACAAAGUUGUAGUUACGAUAUGGUAUCGAGCCCCGGAACUCUUAUUAGGUUCAAAGCAUUACACUCCAGCCAUCGAUAUGUGGGCUAUUGGGUGCAUUUUUGCGGAACUCCUUUCCCUCAGACCAAUAUUUAAAGGCGAAGAAGCGAAAAUGGAUAGUAAAAAGACGGUACCAUUCCAGAGGAAUCAGAUGCAAAAGAUUGUCGAUAUAAUGGGACUACCAACCAAGGAAAAAUGGCCACAUCUGGUACACAUGCCGGAAUACUCACAACUUUCCACUCUCUCAGCCAAUGGACAUGCAAAAGCUGGAUACUCGAGUUUGGAGAAGUGGUAUUAUCAAACCAUAAAUUCAUCCCCCACCUCGGUUCCAGUAUCGAAUUCCAGUCUAGGUGGUGAGGGGUACAAACUAUUGAGCAGCUUACUUGAAUAUGACCCUGAAAAACGAUUAACAGCGCAAGCAGCAUUAACACAUCCAUUUUUCAGUACAGGGGAUAAAGUUAGUGCCAACGCCUUCGAGGGGGUCAAAACAGAAUAUCCGCACAGGAGGGUUAGUCAGGAUGACAAUGAUAUCCGAACAGGAAGUUUACCUGGCACAAAGAGGAGUGGGUUACCGGAUGAUUCAAGACCCGCGAAAAGAUUAAAGGAAUAA